AUGACCACCACUUUCACCACACCCAUGCCCCCACCACCACCCACAACCAACCCCUCAACCCACAUGACCCCGUCCCCCAUGGCCAUGACCUUCUCCCCCUCACACCACCACGCCCCUCUUCUGGGACUGGUGGACGCCUCGCAGCACAGCAGCGUAUGCAGCAACAUGCCCGUCCUGGAUGCUAGGGUGGGACUGGGUGGGCGUGGUUUGAGAGGAGGUGGAUGGGGGCGGGGGCGGGGGCGGCAUGGUCGCGGUCGGUCGAGGAAUCAUGAUGGGGGGGGGUUGUUGGCGGGGGAGGGGAAGGAGAAGGUUUGUGGGGAGAGGGAGGACCUGGGACCGGAAAUGGUGUUGUCUGGGUUGGAGGGUGAUGAGAGGGAUGGUGCUGCUGCUGGUGAUGCGGAAGGGGUGAGGCGGUGGUGGGGUGGUGCGGCGCUGGGGUGGCGGUUGUGGAGGGCGGGCUGUGAGGUUGUGUUUGUGUGUUUGGGAUACUUUUUGAUGAUAGCGGUAAUGACCAUGAACACGGGCUACUUCAUCUCGGUGCUGAGCGGAGUUUUCCUCGGCAUGUUCCUGCUCGGUGGCACGAUUGAAAAUAGCGCAGGGGGUCCGUGGCAUCAAUGUUGA